AUGAACUGCAAAUCUAUGACGAUGUCGAAACAACAGCCAUGCCAUUCUAAUCCCACAAAGACUCAUAUACAGAAAAAUAGUCGAAAAGUGCAACGAGGAGGAGCUAGAGGUUUGGGUGGAGGAAAUAGAAUACUGCAAGACAAAGAAACCCAGAGAGAAACUUCAAUAAACGGAAAUGAUGCAAAACCAAUACCAAUACCAAGCAAUUAUCGAUAUGAUGAGCAUUCAAUGGAGGCUAAAGAAUUAUGGAGCUUAGUACCUGUGAAUAGUAAAUAUAGCAAUCGGAUGGGAUCAAUACCAAAUCAAAAAUUCCCAAUCAAUGAGGUAUUUGCCAUAAAGGCAUUGGAGUUUUUUCAAGGUGACGUAUAUAAAGUAGUUGAAUUGAUUUCAGAACUAUCAUCAUCACCAAUUUCUUCAAACAAGCAAUCAAAACAAUUUAAUGAGAAACGACAACCUUUUGAUGUCAAAAUCAAUAAGCCUUCUUCUCCUUCAUCAACAUUAGAGUAUCAAUCAGACAAUGUCAGUUUUAAUUCCGAUGACGAACAACAACUAUUCAAUAAAUAUCUUAAAACAGGGACAGUUGAUUUCCAUGGAUUUACCGUAGUAGAAGCAAUGAAAUUAGUACCAUUAAUCCUUAAUCAUUGGUGGAAUCAAGAAUUAAUUCAUCGUCAAUCAAUUGGUCAAUUACAAAAAUUUGGGAAUUCGGCAUCAUUAGGAUCAGUAUUGAUAAUAACUGGUAGAGGUAUUCAUUCCACUGGUGGGGUUUCUACAAUUAAAGCAUCAGUUAAUCGUUAUUUAAUUAAUAAUAAUUAUAUAUUUAAUCAACCAACUAGUGGUAGUUUUGAAAUUACUGGUAAAAGAAUGAAUAACAAGAAAUAA